AACAACAAUAAACAACUCAGGACAAAACUAAUAGUAAUAGCAACAAGAGGAUACAUAUAUAUAUAUAUAUAUAUAUAUAUAUAUAUUCACAUAUAUAUAUUUAUUAUCAAGAUUGAGAUAAAUAGAGUUAUCGAUUAAAGAUGGCGACUGCCUGCAACGGAGCACUUUCCAGCUGCGAUUAUUUCAGCGAUAUUUACGAUGAGACGAUGGCAAAUUUGUUGUUCGAUCAGUUCGAUGAUCAGUGGAACAUUAGGGGCGCCUCCAGCAUCCAGGAGGAUGUUGCCAAAAUCGCCGCGAAUCGUUCCCGCUCCGUGAGCGGCUCAUUUCUGGAUGAAUUCAAUGAUAUUGACGUGAAGAACGAGAUGCGUUUCGGCGAUUGCAUGUGGUCGUCUUUUUCCGCAGUGCCCUCUCUCGAUAUUAUGGAUAAUGGUGUCAAGUUCACACACAUCGGCUGCAACAACAACAACAACAGCAGCAGCAACAGCAGUAAUAAGAACAACAACAACAACAGCAACACGAUAAAUUCCGCUGCUUCCAGUUAUAGUGAAAGUUCCGCUGUACCGCCAGCAAUUGUGAGCGGUACAACGUUGAUGAUCAAGAGCGAGAUCGAGGAUGAUGAUGAUGAUGUGGAGGAGCAAGUGGGGGAGGAGGAUGAGGAUGCAGAGAACUGCAGUGAGCAGAACAGCAACAACAACAGCAACAACAACAAACGUGCAAGAUAUGCAACAUCGGCAAGAAUCACAAUAACAAAGCCCAAAUCAAUGCACUUUACAAUCAACAACAAUAGCAAUAACAAUAACAAUAACAAGAGAAACAAUAACAACAAUAACAACAGUAACAGCAACAACAAUAACAGUGCUGAGGAACAUAUACCGCCAGGUGCCUCAUUGUUGCGCAAAAGCAACACAACACUAACCAACAGCAACAACAAGAAUGCACUUAUCAAAUCACUUGCAACAUCAUCGCUAUCGCUAUCGUUAUCGAAAUUGAAUAAUCUGAAUAUGACCAACUCGUCAUACGAUAACAAUACCAAUAAUCUAACGGAAUUCCGUCACAAUGUCGAUCUUCGGGCCUGUGUCAUGGGCAGCAACAACAUUUCGCUGACGAGCAGUGCCGAUGCCACAUAUAUCGAUCACAUCAGUCGCGAGUUGCAGAACACGAGCAAGAAAUGUAUCGAUAUGCUGCCAUAUGUGUCAACCGAUCAUCAGCCCCAAAUCAAUGAUGUUCUCGAUGUCAUUAGUCAACAAACAACAGCAACAGCAACAACAACAAUAACAACAAGCGAUGACGAUGCAUCGAUUGUUGUUGCCACAUCAUUAUCACCGCCAGCAUCGAACUCCGAUUGUGAUUCCGAUGACGGCGAUUAUUCAAUGGCCGAUUCCCGCUGCGGAUCAUCCGCAUCCGUCGACGGUAACAACAGCAUCUACAUGCGUCACAUCAGCGAUCACAGUUAUACGCGCAGCGAGAUGGAAACCAAUCUGGAGACGCCCUCCGAUUCCGAUGAGGAAAUCGAUGUAGUCACGUUAACAGACAAAACGCUACCCACAAAUCCAUCGGAUCGCGAUCGCCGUGCACUGCAGACAAAGGUUGCCAAUAAAAUGUCAACCCUACCGCCACCAAGACGCGGUCGCUUUGAAUUACCCUACACACCGGCAAGCAGUAGUCCCGUCAAGUCCGAGGCCAAUUCCCGUUUCCCAUCGCCGUCGAGUACGCCGUACCAGGGCGGUGCUGCUACCGGAUCCGUGUCCACCGUCUACUCGCCGUUUUUGUCACGGAACAGCAACAGCAACAGCAACAACAACAGCAACAGCCUCAGCAGCAGCAGCAACAGCAGCAGCAGCAGUGCUGGCAGCGAUUGCACAACACUGCAAUGGGAUCUUUACAGUUUGCCCAAGAGGAGUAAGCGUUAUCACAACGAUACUCCCUACCGUGUGUACACCUCGAUCAAGGACACAAAGUCGUCGCUGACAGGUGCCAAUAAGAAGAGUCGUGUGAAGAAAGUGAAUACAAAUGGUUUGACCAGCGGCGCUUUUCCGGUGUAUCCAAUGUCGCAAUUGAAACCACAGCAGCAACCCACGUUGGGCGCCAACAACAGCAACAGCAGCAGUAACAGCAGCAUUAGCAGCAGCAGCAGCAGCUGCAAUGGAAGCAACAGCAACAGUAGCAACAACAGCAACAGCAUGUUGAAGCGUCAGUUUAGUCUGGAUGAGGCAGAUACGAUUGAGAAGCGUAAUUUGCAUAACGAUAUGGAGCGUCAGCGUCGCAUUGGACUCAAGAAUCUGUUUGAGGCGCUGAAGAAACAAAUACCCAAUAUCCGUGACAAGGAGCGGGCGCCCAAGGUCAACAUAUUGCGUGAGGCGGCCAAAUUGUGCGAACAGCUGACGAGCGAGGAGCGUGAGCUGAGCCUGAAGCGUCAAUUGCUGAAGGCGAAACAGAAGCAGCAACAGGAGCUGAUUGCACGUCUGCGUCUGAGUAAGAAUGCCGCUGAAUGAUAGCGAUAACAGCGAUAACAGCGAUGAUAUCGAUGAUACCGAUCAUAGCGAUCAUAGGACGUAAGUGGGUCAAAACGGGUGGGUGAAGAAGAUAAGAAAAAGAUGAAGAUGAAGAUGAACGGCAACUGUGCGAGGAGGGGCAUGCGAUUUCAGAGUUGUAGAGUUGUCACGUCGUUUGCAAGACAAAACAAAAAAAAAAAGAUUGAGAGAGAGACAAGUGAUCCUCGAUAAAAAUAUAUAUUGUUUCGAUGUCCAUAUGAAUGCUACGAUAGUUCCACGAUAGUUUGUUUUAUAUAUUUUCAAAAAUAUAUAUAAAUGCCUAAUUUUUUUUUAUGUUUUUUUUUUUUUUUUUAGCUGUAUUUUGACGUAGGCUCACAAGCAUUUUUUGAACUUCAAUAUCAGUUUUUAGUAUUAGCCAUUAGAGCGUACGAACGAUCAAUCGAACCAUGUCUCGAUGAUGAUGAUAAUAUAACUAUAACGAUAACGAUAACAGUUGUAAUAACAUUGAUGAUGAUGAACAUAGAUGCUGCUUGAUGAUGUCUAUGCAUCGGAUGCUAUAAAUAACGCUAUAUAUAUAUAUAUUUGAUUUUUUUUCUUAUUAGCUUUCGGCUUAGGCUUACACAUCGAUUCGAUACUUGUAUCGAUAUGCAUCGAUAUACUGCUUCUAUAGAUGAUAGAUAAAAAAAAUAGUGAUUUAAAUUGGAUUUCUUUAAUGUGAUAUUUUUUGAUUUGAUUUUGAAGAAAGCAAAAUGCAAGUUGGAAGAAAAACUAUAACUAAACAACAACAAAAAAAAACAAAAAAAAAAAUACAAAAAACAAGCGAUAAACGAUAAACGAAAAAUGUUUGAAUAAACAGAUUAGCAAUAGGUUAUUAGACGAGGGACACGGAAUUGAAAAUGAAAACGGAAACGGAAACAGUCUUCAAUCCUAUGAAAAGGCAGGAAUUGCAAGUCUUAUCCUCUAGUUUUUACUUAUUUACUUUUUUUUCUACUAUUCUUAUUACAAUUAUUGUACAUAGUGUAGAAGUUUAGUUACUACUUAGAUAGCUACUUAACUAUGAAGUGAAAAAUAGCAAGGACUAUAGAACCAAACAACAACAAAAAAACCACAAAAACGGAAACGGAAAACAGACAAAGUUGCAACGAAAGAGCCACUAAAAGAAAUGCAACAACUAAUAAGAACAGGUGUGUUGUAAUAAAGAGAGAGAGAGAGAGAAAGAGAGAAUUGAAUAUGAGGUUGAUGUGCGCCAUUUUGCAGGAAUGAAAUGAGCACAAACACUUUAAAAAGAGAGGAGAAACAAGAGAAGAAAACACAAAACAGAAGAUAAAUCAUAAGCGCAAUAUUUGAAGAGACGCGUCAAACAAAAAAAGAAAGAGAGAAACAACAAAUGAAAUGCAAAGAAACCGGAAGAUAGAAAACAAAACAAUUUAUCAAUUUCAAUUAAUAUAUAGCGACUAUCCUAUAUCCUAUAUAUAUAAUAAAUUUAUAUAUAAUACCAAGUCCUUUUUAUACAAUUAGCUGUCUAGUUUUUUUUUCUUUUUGUCUUCAAUAUAUAUAUUAGGAGACCUCCUAUUUAAUUAAAUAUUCGAGUAUACAUAUAUAGUCGAUAUAUACUUCUAGAGAGCACAUGCAAAAUGAAUACGCAAAUGUGUUUAGGUUUUCUAUUAAUUUAAUUACAUACUUAUAUACAAAUUAUACUGUUAAAAAUUUAAUCGAUUAAUCGUUAGACAUUAAUCGGUAUAGCUUUCUUAGGCAUACGAAAGAAGCGCUUAUAACAAUUUUACUGCCCAUAUAUUUUUUAGAGUUACAAACAAAGCGGCUUUUUAGAUUUUCCUUCGAUUUUUUCUCCUCCCCAAACAAAUAUCCUAUUUAGAUUUACAAUAUUUUGAUAUGAAGAUGAGAUGUAUACAUAAUUUUUUUUUCUUUUUUUACACAUCUAUUUACACAUCUAAACUAUGUAUAAUUAUAAAUUUUGCAAAUUUUUUCAAACUUUUUUUUUUUUUUGUAUAAAAAACUUUUGCAAAUGCAUAUGAAAUGCACGUGAGAAAAAAAAAAAAAUAAGUGGAAAACUAUUACAAAUAGAUACAACGAUAACAAAACGGGAGCUAUAGAUUAGAUAAUAGAUAAAAUAAAAGGAUAAACUGAAAAAAGAAGUGAGAAAGAAAAAAGCAAAAACAAAAAUUUUUUUGGCUGCAAAAGCAAAAGUUUUUGCUAGCUGUUCAACUGUCGAUUUUUUGCUAAUAAGAGUUAUAUAUGAGAACGAAGUUAGAAACACCACGAACGAAAU